AAUGAGUAAAAAACUUCCUUAGUCUUCUCUUAGACUUUCUAUUAGCUUAUCGGUCUCGUCUGCCACCGUCUCCUUCUUCCAUUGAAAACUACCCACGCUUCAGAGAGAAAGCCAUGGAGUCUUUCCCAUGAUUUAUUACAGCCUUUCUAAACCAGGAAUUAAUUGAUCUCCCAUUCUCGCACAUGUGAAAUCCACACACUGUUCUGUAACAGCUGCCAUGAUUAGAGGGCAAGGACCCCCUUUUCUCUCGCUCAAUCGUUCAUUUAUAACAGGGAGAUUUAUCCAUGAUUUCUGAUACCGUUUUGUGUCAGAAAGAAGGAGGAUCUGGUCAUGGCUUCUUUUGUUUUGAUUUCUGUAGCCAGCAAAUAAUUUGGUAUUCUCGGCUAACUUCCAUCUCUCCAAGGGCGCUGCUGAACUAAAAUGGCAGAAGAAAAGCUGCCAAAUUUGGCUGAAGAAAUAAAUGCGGUCAGCGCAUAUCCGAUGUACUUCGGUGUUUCGUGUGCUUUCAUUGCUCUACAGUUCCUGUCCGCCAUGGACGGACCAAGUGCGGAGCUUGGCCGGCAAAAGGACUGUUUCGAAGAGAUUAUGCUUCGAGGCAGCGCGCAGCUUUUGGGGUUGCUUUUUGAGAAGGUGCAGAGAAGGCAUGAACAACUUUUCGAGAAUGAGAGGAAGGCCGUGUUGGAGGUCAUGGAGCUGAAGCAGAUUCGUGCGGAGGAUGCCAAGGCUAACGAGAAGGUCAUGUCCAUCUUUGCAGCUCGGGAACAGGGCUGGCAAGCGGAAAGGAGGCGACUUUUGAAUCAGAUCCAGUCUCUCUCUCGCGAACUGUCUCUUGACAAAUUGAGGAAUGAAAAGGUCAUCUGUGAUCUGAAGAAGAGAGUUUUAGAGGAGCAGCAGGCGAUGAAAAUCAAAGAUAGAGGUUUUGAAGAAGAGGCAAAAAAGAGGAUGGAUUUGGAAGAAAAGCUGCGAGCUGCGCAGAAAGCAGUGGAGGAGUUGAGGGAGAAAGCGCACAAGGAAGUGGAGGAUCACGUGUUAGAACUCAGAAGGCAAAAGACAGCAGUCAUGGAGCUGGUUUCUAACAAGAGGCAGCUCGAAGUGGAGCUGGAACGUUUGCUUCGUCAAGCUGAUACUGCAAAACAAGAGCUUGAGGAAGUUUUUGAGCAGAAGGAGGAGGCCGCCGCAAUGUUGGAGAAGCUUUCGGAGGAGUUUGUUAAAGUUCAGAAGGAUGCAGAGCAGAAAGGGAAGAUUGUUUCAGCCAUGCUUAGGAAAGCGAAGCACGACACUGCUGAAAAACAGGCGCUUUUGAAGGAGCUCAAGAUAACGAGGGCGAAGAAGAAGCAAGCAGAGCUGGAAGCUGAGAGGUGGAAGAGCGCCUGUGAAGCUAAACAGAAGAAGAGCUCACGGGAAAUGCAUUCAGCUGAAGCCGGGAGUUCACGGAAUAGAGUUCCAGAAUUAAAAUCAAGCAGCAAGAUUGACCUGAGAACUCGUUUACUUGAUUACUUGACCACAGAGAACAUUAGCCAGCAUGAAUUUCCCAUGGAGAAGGUGGAUAGACUAAACAAACCAAUGGAGUUUCAGGUUCAGUACUUGGAUGAAAGUGAUGAUAAUCUUGAUAAUGUUCAAGAACUGCAAGAUUGGGUUCAGCUGGAAGCUAAAAAAUACACAGAUGUGCUGGAACAGAAGCAUUUUUGGGAGAUGGAAGCAUUUUUAGAGCAGUUGAGAUUAAGAGAUGAGAAGCUGGAGGCUUUGCACUGGCGACUUCUAAGCACGGAGCUGGACUCAAAGAGGCUGCAAUCUCACAUUGAAGGGCUUGAUGGGAAUCUUACACAGCUAAGGGAUGAGAAUCAUAAAUUGGAAGCUCUGCUGAUGGAUAGGGAAAGUGAAUUGAAAUCACUGAAAGAGAGAUUUUGCUUUCAUGGCAAACAUUUUCAGGGGAGCAGCUCCCUCCCCGAUUCUGAAUGCAUUUUGCCUCACUCUUUUGAUUCAUUAAUGAAGGUGGCAACGAGGGAAUUUAAAAAAGAUCAAAGUUUGUAUGAAGUUGAGAAAAAUAUUCAGGAAGAGGGUGAAAUGAAGGAUGUGGAGGAAAUUGUAUUGCUAAGAAAGGGCCGAAUUAGAACUGAUGUAGAAACAACAAUUUGUAAUGUAUCAUUUCCAUCUACCGGCCUUUCCGAGGAUCGAUCAAAUGAUGAAAUUUUAUAUGAAGAUCAAACAGUAGGGAGGGAGGUUGAGAUGGGUCUCAUUCAUUCCCAUAUAAGGCACAAUUCCCUAGAAGAUGCAUUUGUAACAAUAUCCAGUAAAUUAGCUUCUGAUGGAAAGCCUUAUUUAAAGAUGGACUUACAAGCUCUUGGAGUUUCCUUCAAGAUCAAAAGACUAAAGCAGCAACUUUUAAUACUCGAAAACUUAGCCGGAACACGAUCUAGUGAUCAUGAAACUGACAAAUCUGAUUCAACUGAUGGUACUGAUGAGAAGAAGGUCGAGUUAAAAGGUUUAAUCUUAGUGAUUUCGUUACUGGACAAGCAACUGAGGAGGUAUCAAUCUCUUGAAGACAAGAUUGAUGCCUUAUCCAGAAGGAUGCUUGAGAAUUCUGGGAUUGGUGCCAGUCAACUUCCUGUAGAUGCUGGAACCAAAAAGAAAAUUGACAAGCUUGAGCAAUUUCUUGAAGAGACUUUUCAGCUGCAAAGAUACAUGGUUGCUACUGGGCAGAAGUUCAUGGAGUUGCAGUCCAAGAUUAAUAGCUGCCAUGCAGGUGCUGAGGGACAAGAGGAAUCAGCUGGAUUUAACCUUGAACAGUUCUUAGAUGUUGUUAGGACUCUAUUCAAAGAAGUGCAGAGGGGACUGGAGGUCAGAAUAGCUCGAAUUAUCGGCGACCUCGAGGGAACUUUAGCUAGUGAUGGCAUCCUGAGAAGAUGAUAAUGAUACUCUUCGGUGUGAUUGCAUACUCUAGAUUUAUAACUGUAUUAUUUACAUUAUUUAUAAUAGUAAGUAGUAAAUAACAUAUACAUAAUGGAUUUCAUGACUA